ACCAUCCCGGUCAUUUACGCUUUCCCAUCAGCCUAGAUCUUCUGUUCCGGAUUCGCCAUGGAUCGUCUGGAAGCAUUGGGACAGCAGCUUUCACAGAUCACUCUCUAUGAUCUGAAAUCGUACUAUAACCAGGCUAAAAAUAUAGUGCUCAAUGUAAGUGAGAUGGAGGCCAAAGUGAGGGAAGCGACAAACGAGGAUCCAUGGGGUGCCAGCUCUACUCUAAUGCAGGAGAUAGCCCAAGGGACAUUUAAUUUCCAGCAUUUUAACGAAAUUAUGCCAUGCAUUUACUCCCGCUUUAUGGAAAAGGAAGCAUCACAGUGGCGUCAAAUUUACAAGGCACUGCAGCUGCUAGAGUACAUCAUCAAACAUGGAUCAGAACGUGUCGUGGAUGACGCCAGGAGCCAUAUCUCCACCAUCAAAAUGCUGCGUAAUUUUCAUUACAUCGAUGAGAAAGGCAAAGAUCAGGGGGUUAAUGUGAGACAGCGAGCCAAAGAGUUAACUGAGGUACUGGGUGAUUUGGACCGUUUGCGUGCUGAGCGACGCAAAGCGAAAGCAAACCGUAGCAAGUAUGUCGGAACCGGGAAUGACCCGUCGAGCCUUAGCUUCAGUUCAGGAGGCGGUCGCUAUGAUGGAUUUGGAAGUGAUUCUUUUAGUGGAGGUGGCGACUACGAUUAUGAUGGUGGCAGGCCAGCUGGUUCGUCUUUCCGCGAUGAAUCUUCUGCGCGGCGGGGCUAUGAUGAGUAUGACGCGGGAGAGUUCGAAGACAGCCCGCGGCGUGCAAAUUCGCUACGCAACAAACUAACGUCGUCUUCGUCAAGCCCCGUAUCCCCCGCUGGCCGCUUUGCUGCUCGGCAUUCUGCGACAAGCGCGCCCGUCAAAUCGGUGCCCGCGUCCGCUCCAGUGGUGGAUCUUCUUGGCGGAUUUGACGAUGAGUCAGCUCCCGCUCCUUCUGCGGCCUCAACCGCCCCUCCAGCCUCGAAUGUCCUUGAUGAUGAUUUUGACGACUUCCAAAGCGCACCUCCCUCGGCCCCAGCGCCGGGCGUUCACACUGUAGUCGCUCCCACACAUGCACCUAAACUCACUGCUGCAAAUGUAUUCGACAUGCUGGGCUCGACCUCAGUCCCUGAACCUAAUGCUGCAACGAACUCCUUCGCCCUUGGUGCCUCGCCGAUGCGACCGACAACUAUGCAACCGACUCGAACGACUAGCACUUCCACCACUAAUUCCGUACCCCCAUUUAAUAUCCUAUCGCCCGCGACUUCUUCGUCAUCAAGAGACACCAUAGGGAAUGCAGGCACGAUGGCAACUGCUGUGAUGGCCAAAGCAAGCAAUAACUUUGACGAUUUAUGGAACGUGUCUUUCAGCAGCAGCGGCCCAUCCUCUGCGCCUACAGUCAGUGCGUCCUCCACAGCAGGGAAAAGCAUCAAGGACUUGGAAAAGGAAAAAGCCAACGCUUCGAUGUGGGGGCUGAAUGCCGCUGCCAAGCCAAACAAUGGUUUUGGGGUGGCUUCAGAGGCUGCGCCAAGCUCUGGUAGCUUCGGCGGAGGGAAUGAUGAUCUCUUGCUAUGAACCUGGGUAAAAAUCGACGUUGUAGCUUUUACCAGAUUUUGAUACACCCCGCAUGGAUGGUGUUGAAUCAUUGGCACUGCUUGUUGUGUCUCCUUUUAUUUUUUUGAGGUCUAGCAUCCUUCAUGGUUGUUCAUACAUUGGCAGUGCAAUAUUAUCGGGCUCCAUCCAGGAAAGGACGAGCAUGUCGUACUGCUC